AUGACGAGGAACAAGACAAUCGUUUUUGUAGGCGUUGCGCCAAGCUUUUCCCUCGAAGAUGCUCGGGGCAUCACUCAGCGUAUUGACAAAGGGACAACCAUCUAUCUUGCGUCACAGCAACCCAAUCCUGUGCCAUCGGCCGGGCCGAUUCGGGUGUAUGCGAGUCCUUGCCCAAAUCAAGACAACGUGUUCGCAGCGCCCUCUGGGGGCAAAACCUUGCAGAUGCUGGCGUUCUUGUGUCAGACGAUUGUAACGAAUGAUUCACAUGGAAACUCACUAGUUCAGCUGACAAUUUCCUCCACCAAAACGCGCCUUUCUGAAUUCACUACGACGCAUCAACGAAAAAGGGUGACGUUGGAGGGAUCACGAGCCAAACUUUUUACUCGAACUAGACGAGCCUGGCGGUCCAUAUGUCAUCUUGCAGUGUUUGAUAAGGGAACGAAAAAAGAUGAAGGUGGAGACCCAUACGCCAUUGGCGCAACAACGAAGGCGUCAGUUCAAUGGGUAGAAUGUGUAAGAGGUUUGUGGGGGGAUGGCGCUGGUGGGAAGGCGUGCACCGACGGAAUAAUCAAACUUGCACCGUCCUCCGUCGAGUGGGCUCUAGUCACCACGUUACGGAUCAUCCGUGGUGUUCGAGUGACUGUGUCAAGAUGGGAGGGAAUCACUCGCAUCCUCGGGGAUAGAAAUGCGACAUCAUACCUGCCCAACGCCGACUGUUUGGCGUUGGGCGCGUUCAAUUAUAAAGAACAUAUGCCGCUAAGCUGCCCCGUGAUUUUCCGCGCUUUCAACUCGCACGUCACUGUCAAUUCUCUCGCAGGGAACAAGAGACGUCCAGCGGAACAAUUCCAAGCCGUCGAAGACAAGGUUCAAUUUGAGCCCUCGGCUGCACGAUAUGAUGUUGGUAAUGUGUCGGAUACUCCAUGUGCCGUGUCGAAUGUUGGACCGCCAAAAAGCGUCACAACUUACGAUCGCCGACGGGAUGACUACGAUCGAGGAUCCGAAGUCCUGCCCAUCGUAUCAAAUGCUGGAAGCAGAACGGGACAUCUGUGCACCACCGGAGUUUCUUGUGUUUGGCACGACAUGAGCGCUCCGUCGCGACCACGAGUUAAUUGGUUGGCUUUGUGCAGGAUCCGAGAUGAACGAACCUGUUCCCGACGCGGCGCGGCGCCCUUUUCCGAAUCCAGCCCUCCUGUCUUUACUGGCUCCAAGUCCCAAACAACAGGAAGAAACCGCCGUCGCCCAUCUCGAAACCUCAGACAGAGCGACACUUGUUGA